UCUUCCUCUCUUCAUUACCUCUGUUUGCAGGUUUUUUUGUUCUAUUUUGAGUGUGAGUGCAGCUGGCAUUCCAACAGUUAACAAACUUCAGAGCAGUACCACUAAUUAACAUGUAAAUGGUCCAUGAUGAAGUCCAUUGAUCUUUCCCCCGACCCAACUCAAUCACAAAGAUCAUUUUCAGUUGCACGUGUCUAUUAAUAUAAUACCUCCAAUUUAUCAGUAAAGUAAUGGACUUUAACCCAAUAAUCUCUAUUUCUAAUCAUCCACACAUACAGUAAGCGUACUUGAAGCUAGGGUUAUCUGAACGCGGUACUCCAUGGUAAUUGCGAACGAUAUUAUGGUGUUUUGUCAACCAAGACUCAACGAUUUAACCAAUGUUAGAAGCCUGCUCAUGUGUUUCCAACUCUCUUCAGGGGUGGAUGAGCAAGAGGUUGCGAAGUGGGCUGAUUGUACUGAUUGCAAAAUGGGAUCUCUGCCAAAUGUCUAGCUUGGGCUAUCGUUAGGAGCUAGUGAGCACUCCAUGAGUAUUUGCAGACCCAUCAUCACAGAGUUUAAAGACGGGUUGGUGGGGUGGAAAUCAAAGAUGCUGUCAUUAGGGGGAAGAGUGACUCUACUCAAAUCCGUAAUGGUUAAUUUAUUCAUAUUUUACACGUCACUUUUUCAAAUGUAGAAAGGAGUAAAAAAGAACUUGACAAGAUUCAAAGGCGAUUUCUUAGAAAUGGAAGGAAGAUAAAAAGAAUAAAGUGAGAUGGAAUAAAGUGACCAAGUACAAAGAGAAUGGGUUCUCGGUGCUGCUGACUCGAGUGUUAAAAUAAAACCCUUCUCGCAAAGUGGCUCUGAAGGUACGGAAAAGAAAAAUACAACUUGUAGAGAGAUAAUAGUGGAAAAGAACGAUGAUGACCCCGACUGCCUACUACCGUCGGUUGAGAGAAACAGGAGAGUGUCCAACGAUUUAUGUGGACUGGUCGGUGAUGGCAUUAGUAUUUUAUUCUGAUCAUAAAAGUGGUAUUGAAGGAAGCGUUCCCAAAGUGUUCGCUCUGGCCAUUAAUAAGACGGGGAAGAUACGAGAGUUCAGAUUUUGGCAAGAUAACGAAUGAAAAUGGGAGAUAAUACUGCGUAGAAGGGUUUUUGGAUAGGAGGAAGAUCAGUGGCAGCAGUUUCUAUCCACGGUCAAUGAAUAUCAAUUGUGUGCCGAAAUUUCUGGUACUGUUGCAUGGAAAUGAACCCCUUCGCGUGAGUACACAGUGAGAUUUUUGCAGAACCCAAAUUGAAAAUGGCAACGCUGGUAACAACAUUUGAAGAAAGGUGUGGACUAACUUAGCUCCACUUAAAGUUGAAGCUUUUGUGCGGCAACUCCUCCAUGGCAGGGCGGCUGUUAAGAAAGAACUGGUGAGACGAAGGCUUAUGAGCAUCAGUACAGCGUUUUGUCCCCUUUGCCAUCAGGUAUUAGAGACCAUCAACCAUCUCUGUCUUAACUGCAUUGAAAUGGAAUGCGGUAGUUUUUACUAAAGGCGAAAUCCAAGUGUGGAAGAUGGCAUUUUUUACGGUAAUUUGGUCUUUGUGCUUGCAAGAAACGACAUUGUGUGGGAUUGUGAUCAAACGUACAAAUCAACGAAGCUACGUGUCGUUACAUGGGCAAAGGCCAAAUGGCCGACAGAGUAUGGCAGAACCUUGGACACCUUCAAUGAGCCAAGCCUUGGAACUGUUAUGAGAAUUGCUAAAAAGACAAGACCCGAGAUAGUAUGGGAGAAUCCGGAAGAAGGUACGAGGAAGUGUAACGUGGACGGAGCUGCGAGUGGGUGCCCGGGGAAGCUGGUAUCGGCGGGAUCCUUAGGAACUCCACAGGAGAGUCCAAAAUGAUGUUCUCCAAGUCUAUAGGUAGGGGAGACUCUAAUCUUGCUGAAGUCCUAGUCAUAAGACGGGCGUUUCUGCUGUUCUCCGCAUCCAAUUGGAGCUGUUCCCAUUCAUUGGUGGUCCAAAGCGACUCCUCAAAUGCUGUUAAAUGGGUACAGGAACCUAACCUGGCCUCAUCGAGGAUGAGAAAGCGGAUACCCCAUGUUGAGAUGUUAAAGAAAAGAGUGACAAAGUGGGAAAUUAAACAUGUCAGGAGGGAGGCAAACCAUCAAGCUGACAGUCUUGCCAAAUCAGGUAUAGGUAGGGAAGUUGAAUUGAUUAAUGUGUGGGAGGAUCAUCUAAAUAGAAUUUCUGAACGGAGAGGAACCUUAACUGAUGAGUCUAUUCCAGGAUAACUAUGGCUGCCCAGGUAUGAAAAGUUUUCAAUGAACUGUGAUCGUUGAAUCAAGCAUGCUCUAGGCUGGAGUCGAGGUUUUUGUUUUUGUUGAUCUAUGUUUGGUCUGCUGUGUUUACCUCCUUAUUACAAAGUGUGGAUCCGUUUGCUGUUUUGGGAGUGCUUUUUAGGCUGUAAAGUGUGUAUAGGGGAUGGUCUUUUGUAUAGCAUAGAGAUGCUUGUAUUCUGUGAUUAUUUUGCAACGGUAUACCCCUGGCCUUCGUAAAGGGCAUCUGGUGGGGAGCUCAGGCUCACCCUGUUUUUAUCUUAUCACAUGACUGGUUUUUCUCUUUGUAGAUGGUGUUGGUUCCAAUGGCCUCGGCAGAACCUCUUUUUCGUCUGGUAUGGCUUCCUCAUUCUUCCUUGGUGUCUGUUUGGGUUGACUUGUGCUUCCUGGCAACAGGGUAUAACCUGGUUUUGGAACUUCUGGUCUUAACUUUCUCUUGUUACUAUUGGUCAACAUUUUCAGUGGUUUUUGACUUAUUGGAAUAUAGUGUGGCUUUGUUGUCUACUGGUUAAAUGGGAGUCGAGGUGGUGACAAGGCUGCUGGUAACUAUGAUGCGGAAUUUUUUCAGCCUCUGUUUUGUGCUUCCAGCGGAGAGCUUUGGUGAUUUCAGUCUUAAGCUUGUUGUGUUGUGUUGUGGUGGGUUAAUUUUCUAAUAGCUGUUGUCAAGCUCUGUUUAUCCGCAACAGGUAUUUGAUGAUUCACCUCAUUGGAUGUCAAGCACCGCCCAAGGUGUGAUUUUGACCUCCGCUGAAGGGGUGGUUAGCUAUUUGCUUGUUCUUUUUGGACUAUUUGUAUGUUUAUUCUGGCAGGAAUGAGUAACCUACUUAGAAGUUUGACCCUUGUUGGGAUUCACUUUAAUGAAACUUGUAUCUUAACCUUCUUAUAUGGAAUUCAUUAUGCUUUUCAAAAAACAAAACUGGGUAAGUGCUUUACUAUCACAAGGGUUGAGGCGAAAGGAAUGGCACAUUCUCAGCAGGUUCCACUUAUAAAUAAUUGCUGGUGGUGUAGGGGAUGUUGAAGAGAGGGAGGAUUGGAAAUGGUUGUGGCGUUUUAAGCGUCAUGAAAGACACUUGUUUUUUCUUUGGCUUUAUUUGCAGGAUAAUGUUUCGGCAAAUGUGGUUCGAUUUCGGAGAAAGCUAACUACAAUGCAAAGUUGUCCUCGACGUGGCGCUCAAGUUGAAGACCUUGAUCACAUUAAUAGAAGAUGUUGGGUGUCUAAGGAGGUAUGGGCGCACCGUGCUCAGGUUCUUAAUGUGCAUGGUUUCUUCUCGGUAUUUUUUAAUUUUUGAAUUUAUUUUAAUACGAUGAGUAAGUUGUUUUACUCUAAUGACAUUAGUUAUGAUUCUUUCUUCUCUAUGGCUAUGUAAUACAUUCGGAAAGCACACAAUCCUCGGUUCUUUGACAGUUGAAAUACUGAUAUUUCUGGUCUUUUUCAUAUUAUUGUUAGAGCAAGGAGAGAUGUAUCAAUAGCCUUUAGGAAGAAUAUAUUAGUGCGAUAAUUCAAACUCCUGGAUAGAUUUGUGAGAAAAGCCUCUGUUUCAUGUUUAUAAAUGAAAUACUGAUGCGGCCAUUAAGAACCACACAAUAAUUGCAAAUGCAGGCGGACUUGUUAGAGAUUGGAAGGCAACCAUGGAUUUUUGAUUCCAUGAUUAACAUAGGUUGAACAAAUAGUCUGCUAGCAGAUAUUUGGGCUCUAAAAGUAUUGGGAGUAAGGCCUGCAGAAUUCAAUUCUAAGAAUUUUAGUGGAUUUUUUAAGAAUAGUAUUGAGAAUGGUCAUUUGGAAAUAACCUUGAUAAUUUUUUUUAACAUAUAAUGCUUUAUUUUGAUCAAUAAAAUUUUAGCAUUGUAUUAUAUUAUAUAUAUAUAUAUAUAUAUAUAUUAAUCAAGUCAGGAUAAUCAAAUAUAGAAAAAGGGAUGUAUCCUUCUUUUCAGUAAGGGCCCUAUUGCGUGAGCAUUGGUGAGCAAUGUUCCUUACCAUUCUAAAUAUAAUAUUCAGCAUGGUAUGGGGUGGUUCAAUGGAUGGAGAGGAAAGAAGCAGGCUUGGGAAUGAGUUCAGGCAAGUUGUGGUAGAGUUUGUUGAAUUGUUAGGAGUUCCUAAAAUUCUGAUCUUUUUCCUUUUCUUACUCGCUUCGAUUUGCUACGACAUCAAUCCAGAAUGAAGAAGGCUUUGAUGUGGUUUGAUGAGAUUUUUAAUGAGUGAUAGGACACUCAUGAAAGGUUGAUCAACCUGAUGUCGGAGAGGGCAAGAGGAAGGAAGAAAGCAAGGAUUUGCUGCAGUUGUUGGUGCUGAACCAACAAAGAAACUAUAAAGCCUCAUUAUCCAAUAACGAAGUUUUAAGGCUAUGCUGCUGGACUUUUCAAAAAAAAAAAAAAGGCUAUGCUGCUGUGUCCAUUACCGUAAAGUGGACAAUGACAGGGUUACUAGUACAUCUGGAUAAUGUGGGAAGAGUUGAAGAACUGGCUAGAGUGAUUGGAGACCAAAACAUUGUAGAAGAGUCUCAUCUUCCUCAACUUGUCUAUUUGGAUGCAGCAAUAAACCUACACCCUCUAAGGAGAAAACCCUGGAAAAACCCAGACCCAAGAAGAGAGAAUGGUGAUAGGGCUUAGGCAGUUCAUGGCAAGAGCCGGCAACGGUGGCAGAGAGCCUGUUCUCGAUUCAGAUAAUGGUGAGGAGCUUGUUCGCAUCCCCAUCACACUUGGCAAGUGGUUUGGCUGAGUGAUGUGGACAGUGUAAAAUGGCUAUGCCAUUGGUUUCAUGUCUCUGUUGCUGCAACUGUUUCAAGGGUUCCAGAAGCCUGCCCUUCUCCCUGUAUUUACACUGAGAUUGAAACUGAAGCUGAUGAAGAUGAGUCUGAGGACUCAGAUUCAGAAUGUAAUGAGGUUUUAGGUUUAUCCAAGGUCACAGAGAUGAGGCUUAUUCCUUCAGUGGAUUCUCUGUUUCAGAUAUUCUGUUAGUGCGUUGAGCUAAAUCCGGAGCCUAUUGAAGCUUCAAAUAAAAGACCAAUGCUUUCAGGAUGCAGAAGAGAUGGAACAAUAAGGUUGCUGUUCUAGCCUGCGGGGACUUAUCAUGGUGCAGCAAUGAUAACGCUGAGCAUACCUUCAUCAGAGCGGCAGCAACUCUUUUGGCAGCCGCGCUAGCCAUUGUCUGCUAUGCAUGGUGGGUUCAGAAAUUCACCAAGAGCGUGCCGCCCUUGCCACCAGGUCCUCCAGGCUUGCCUAUACUAGGAAACCUUCCUUUCCUCCAACCUGAUUUGCAUCGAUACUUUUCCAAACUGUCUCAAAUCUAUGGCCCCAUUAUCAAACUUCAGCUCGGAAGCAAGACCUGCAUCGUUGUAAGUUCAGCUUCAGUUGCCAAAAAGGUCCUCAAGGACAACGAUGCUAUCUUUGCUAACCGUGACCCUCCAACGGUAGCUAUAAUCGGCACGUAUGGUGGAUGUGACAUGGCAUGGAGAUCUAAUUGCCCCGAAUGGCGUAAGCUGCGUAGGCUUGUCGUUCGUGAAAUUAUGACCAAUACAAGCCUUGAUGUUUGCUCUGCGCUGCGUCGACGAGAGGUUCGAGAAAUGGUGAAAGAUAUUUAUGGGAAGGUUGGCUCACCUGUUAACAUUGGUGAUCAAAUGUUCCUUACCAUUCUAAAUGUGAUAUUAAGCAUGCUAUGGGGUGGUUCACUGCAUGGAGAGGAAAGAAGCAGGCUUGGGAUUGAGUUCAGGCAAGUUGUGGCAGAGUUUGUUGAAUUGUUAGGAGCGCCUAACAUUUCUGACCUUUUUCCUAUUCUUACCCGCUUCGAUUUGCAAGGAUAUCAAUCUAGAAUGAAGAAGGCUUUGGCGUGGUUGGAUGAGAUUUUGGAAUCAGUGAUAGCACACCGACGAAAGGCUGAUCAACCCGAUGUCGGAGAGGGCACGAACAAGGAACAAAGCAAGGAUUUUCUGCAACUGUUGUUGGAGUUGAACCAACAUGGGGAUUAUAAAUCCUCAUUAUCCAUAAAUGAAGUUAAGGCUUUGCUGUUGGAUAUGGUUGUCGGCGGUACAGAUACAACAUCUACUACUAUAGAGUGGGCGAUGACAGAGUUACUACGGCAUCCAGAUGAACUAAGAAGAGUCGUUGAGGAAUUGGACAGAGUGGUUGGAGCCGGAAACAUUGUAGAGGAGUCUCAUCUUCCUCAACUUGUUUAUUUAGAUGCAGCAAUAAAGGAGACCCUUCGAUUUCAUCCGCCUCUUCCCUUGCUAGUACCUCGUAGUCCCAACACGACUUGUACUGUGGAUGGAUAUACCAUCCCCAAAGAUUCCAGAGUUUUAUUUAAUGCAUGGGCGAUGCAGAGGGACCCUGAGCUUUGGGAAUGUCCUCUUCGAUUUGAACCUGAGAGAUUCUUGAAAGACGCUGAGAAAGGCAACUAUCUAGGGAACAAUUUCCACUUUAUUCCGUUUGGAUUUGGGAGGAGAAUUUGUGUUGGAAUUCCUUUGGCAGAAAAAAUGGUGACGCACGUCUUAGCUACGCUGUUGCAUUCUUUUGAAUGGAAAUUACCGGAUGGAACAGAGCCUGAUAUACAGGAGAAAUUCGAAAUUGUAUUGAAGAAAAUGGAACCACUAGUCGCCAUACCCGCUGCACGACUACCUAGUUCAGAGCAGUACCAAUGAAGAUGUGUAUCUUGUUUCUCUUUACCAAAAAAAUAUAUGAACCUCCUUGUAAGCAAUACUUGUGAUAACUUUGCACAUUCAAUAAUGAAUAAUGACUUCCCCAUGGCCAUGGAACUUUUAUUAA